CCCGGACUCCUCCCCCUCCCGCUCUCCUCCCUCUUCCCGGCUCCUGCUAGGCCGCCAGCUCCGGCCUUUUCUCCCCCCUCCCAGAGUCCCCUCCCCGGAGCGGAGCGCACAUAGGGUCCCUCUCCCAUCCCCCCAGCCCAACCGCCCAGCCAGACCAGCAGUCUCGGGGGGCAGCCCCCCGCCAGCCUGCCUCCCUCCCGCUCAGCUCUGCCAGGCCCCCCCAAGCCAUGAAUCUCUUCCGAUUCCUGGGAGACCUCUCCCACCUCCUCGCUAUCAUCUUGCUACUGCUCAAAAUCUGGAAGUCCCGCUCGUGUGCAGGAAUUUCAGGGAAGAGCCAGGUCCUGUUUGCUGUGGUGUUCACUGCCCGAUAUCUGGACCUCUUCACCAACUACAUCUCACUCUACAACACCUGCAUGAAGGUGGUCUACAUAGCCUGCUCCUUCACCACAGUCUGGAUGAUUUAUAGCAAAUUCAAAGCCACUUACGAUGGGAACCAUGACACAUUCAGAGUGGAGUUCCUUGUCGUUCCCACGGCCAUCCUGGCGUUCCUGGUCAAUCAUGACUUCACCCCUCUGGAGAUCCUCUGGACCUUCUCCAUCUACCUGGAGUCGGUGGCCAUCUUGCCGCAGCUGUUCAUGGUGAGCAAGACCGGCGAGGCGGAGACCAUCACCAGCCACUACUUGUUUGCGCUGGGCGUUUACCGCACACUCUAUCUCUUCAACUGGAUCUGGCGCUACCAUUUCGAGGGCUUCUUCGACCUCAUUGCCAUCGUGGCAGGCCUGGUGCAGACAGUCCUCUACUGCGAUUUCUUCUACCUCUAUAUCACCAAAGUCCUAAAGGGGAAGAAGUUGAGUUUGCCGGCGUAGCCCUGGUCCUCGCCAUCUCUCUCCUUGGCAGCGGCGGGAGGCAGAGGAAGGCAGCGGACGAUGAAGAGCUUUCCCAUCCAGGGGUGACUUUUUUAAGAACCCACCUCUCGUGCUCCCCAUCCCGCCUCCUGCCGGGUUUCAGGGGGACAGUGGAGGACCCAGGUCUUUGGGAGCUCAGGACUUGGGCUGUUUGUAGUUUUUUGCCUUUUAGAGAAGAAAAGAAAAAAAAAAAAAUCUUUCCACUCUUUAGUUUUUUGAUUCUGAUGACUCGUUUUUUCUUCUACUCUGUGGCCCCAAUUUUUAUAAACUCUUUUUGAGUGUCCCAUGGGCCGGGGCAGGGUCCAAGAUCUUUGCCCUUCUUCAGGCCCCUCGGCUCCCUCCCAGAUCCCAACCCCAGCCCCACUGGUUGCCAAACACUAAAUCUGCCGACACCCCAUCUGCCCCACCUCCUGCUAUGGCUGUGAACCACAGCUGCCCUUAAAUUUCUAGGUUGGGGAUAGGGAGAAAGGGAGGCCCAGGAAGGUCUCCUUUGAUUUUUUUCAUAGUAACUUUUCCCCCCAGAGUUUGAGUUUUUUGGUCUUCUUCUGGUUUUUUGGCAAAUUAUGGGGGCUCAGGGCUCACAUUCGGGAAGUGGGCUGACCUGAGGGUCACUGUGGCUCUCACACCAUGUUUUUGUACAGAACUGACGGUUGAUUCUUUGUUCUCUUGAAAUAAACAGAAGAAAAUGAGACCUUU